GUAUUCAGAACUUUAUCAGAGACAAGGUCGACUCUGAGAACUCCCGAGCGAUAACACAGCCUCACUUCAUAGCCCUAUUUGAAUAUCAAACACAAUAGUUCGCCAUCAAUAACCGUCACUAAUCAUCUUUGAAUAAUAAUAAUUAUUAUUAUAUCUUCACAUUUGCUCCUAAUUGUUACUGUAUCCGUUCGUUGAUGCUCCUGCAAUUUGCUUCCAUGCCGGACGAGGCGGUUCACCGAUCGCGCCCUGUUAAAAAGAAGACGGCGAGCUUCGUCCUAUGAAUUCUCGUACCCGUACGAUGAACCGCGCAGAACACUGAACAAACAGCAACAGGUCUCCGAGGUCAGCGUCACCUCGAACGGCCGUUGGGAAAAGAACCGGUCUUCUCCGAGAAGAAUGGGAACGAAGAUUUGGUUAAGUACCAGAAUCUCGCGCCACCGAAAGCAAACUAACGAACUAAACCCCGUGUGAACUUCAAUAUACCUCUCCACUUCCAACUUCAUCCUCUGUUCAUCUCCCUCUCUUUCUCUUGAAGCCACAGUCAAGUCAUGCCGUCAAACUCGUCUCACACGGCUGAGCAGCUCUCGGACCGCGUCCCUCCGCUCUUCGUGCUCCAUUCAUGGAUUCAAAUACUCGAGUUUUCGGUCAUCGUUUUGGUCGUUACGUUUCUCAUCCCCGUUCUCUUCAUUUGCUGCUACCACAGGAAGCCGGGGCCCGGGCCUCGCCUCCGGCCGUCGAACCCGUACGCCGCGGCAAAGAGCCGUUGCGUCGCUCCGAGAGCUUGGUCGUUCGAUCGCAGACUCCUGUCUUCGUUCCGCCUCUCCGAGGUCGAGAUGGAAGCCGUCCUGUUCGAUCAGUGGGCAGCGACUCCGGCUCGUAAGAGCGGGGUGCUCCGGACAAGCCUUGUAGCCGAUUCGGAGUCGGUUGUGGGGGAGAGGAGUUUCACGCUUGAUGAGAUUAAAUUCGCGACGAAUGGAUUCGCCGGCGAAAAUGUGAUUGGAUGCAGAGACCAUGCGGCGGUUUACCGAGGGGUUUUGCUGAAUAAUGUAAGAGUGGCAGUGAAGAGAUUGCUGCGCAGUAGCCUGGAAGAUGAGGGAUUCGAGCGAGAAGCGGAGGUGAUAUCGCACAUUAGACACAAGAAUCUCGUGAAGCUGCUCGGAUACUGCGCCGAAGGAGAUUACAGGGCGCUUGUCUAUGAGUAUGUUGAUAAUAGCAAUCUGCAUCAGUGGCUUCAUGACUGUAGUGGAAAGGCCAGUCCUCUAACAUGGGGUCAAAGGAUAAAUAUUAUCCGAGGAACGGCGAGAGGAUUGGCCUACAUUCACGAGGACGCUGAACCGAAGGUUGUCCAUUGCAAUAUCAAAUCUAGCAAUAUACUGCUCGAUCGUCAGUGGAAUCCAAGGAUCUCUGAUAUUGGGUCGGCUGAGCUCUAUGAACCGGAGCAGAGUCACAUGUCAAGCGAACGAUCGAGUUAUGCAGCACCACAUUGUGACGUCUAUUGCUUCGGAGUACUUGUCAUGGAGAUAGUAACAGGGAGGGUUCCUGUGGAUGAAAGCCAACCCCAGGCACAUUUGAUUGAUUGGUUGAAGCUCAUGAUUGCAAAUCAGAGAACUGUACAUGUGAUUGAUUCUAAAAUACCCGAAAGGCCUUCUUCAAAGGAACUCAAGCGGGUUCUUCUGGUUGCUCUAAGAUGCGUCGAUCCCGAUUUGAAUCACAGGCCUAAAAUGGGGGAUGUAGUUCACAUGCUAGAGACGAAGGAUUUGCUAAUCGGAGAUGUUAACUUAUUAGCAAAUUAAUCGCGAAACAUUAUGUUUUUAGUGUUUGCAAAUUAUCCAUUAUUUCAAUCA